AUGGCCCAGGCCGCAAAGGCUGCCAAUGAUGCCCGCUUACUGGCAGAAGCUGCUGCCCAUACUGCUAAUGCAGAAGCAAAACAGAGAGCAGCGGAAGCAGAGGAGGCGCGUAAGCGAACUGCAGCUGUCCAAGAACAAGCCAGAAAAGACGCCCAGGCUGCCCAGGAGCAGGCCAGGAAACUACAGGAGGCCGCCAAUGUGGAGAAGAGGAAAGCGACUGCCGCCCAAGAGGCAGCCAAUGCGUCGAAGAAAGUGGCAGAGGAGGAAGUAAGGGUGGCCAAUGCUGCCAAGGAGGAGGCUGAACGCAAGUUGAAAGAAGGUAUUCAACCUGUGGUGACUCCUACACCUGAAGAAGUUAGCGCCGCCAAGCGUAAAGUUCAAUAUCGCGAGGACCUUUUCCACUUCGCGGUAGCUGGGGUGGCAGGAGGAGGGAAAUCAUCUCUUAUCAAUGCGUUCCGUGGCUUGCGUAAUAACGACGUUAAUAUCGGAGCUGCCGCCACUAGCGUCACUGAGACAACGCUGACCAUGGCUAGAUACCCCAACCCCAACGCGGAAUACCCAUAUGUCUGGUACGAUAUCCCGGGCGCGGGCACGCUCAAAAUCCCAGACUGGCAGUACUUCAACGCCCAAGGACUUUACGUCUUUGACUGCAUCAUCGUCCUGUUCGACAAUCGCUUCACCAUGACCGACAUCGCCAUCCUCACCAACUGCAGGCGUUUUAAGAUCCCCACGUAUAUCGUGCGUUCUAAGGCAGACCAGCACAUCCGUAACAUCAUGAAGGAUAUGGGGUACGACAGCGAUGUCGAUGAGAGCGGAGACCAGAAGAAGAAGCUUUACCAGGCUGCACAGCAGCAGUUCAUUCAGCAGACGCGCCAGAGCGUGAAAGACAACCUGGAGAAUGCCAAUAUGCCUGACCAAAGGGUUUACAUCGUUUCUAAUGAACCUAUGCUCGGGGUCGUGAAGGAAAAGCGGCCAAGGAGGGUGAUCGACGAGAUUGAGUUGUUGAACGACUUGAUUGGAGAAGCCCAGACCAGGCGAGGACGUCUGGAGGAACUUGAGAAGGCAAACGUUGCCAGAGAGGAGGCUGAACGCAAGCUAGCUGAAGGCAUUCAGCCUUUGGUGACCCCCACACCUGACGAAGUUCGCGCCGUCAAGCAGCUAGCUCAAUAUCGCGAAGGCCUUUUCCAUAUCGCAGUAGCCGGAGCGUCAGGAGGAGGCAAAUCCUCCCUCAUCAACGCCUUCCGUGGCUUGCGCAAUAUGGAUAUCAAUAUCGGAGCUGCUGCCACUGGCGUGGUCGAGACAACGACGGUCAUGGUCCGAUGCCCCGACCCCAACGCGGACUAUCCGUAUGUCUGGUACGAUGUUCCAGGCGCAGGCACGCUCAAAACCCCAGACUGGCAGUACUUCUUCAAUGACCAGGGACUUGACAUCUAUGAUUGCAUCAUCGUCCUGUUCGACAAUCGCUUCACCAUGACCGACAUCGCAGUUCUUACCAACUGCAAACGUUUCAAGAUCCCCACGUAUAUCGUGCGCUCCAAGGCGGAUCAACACAUCUAUAAUAUCAUGAAGGAUAUGAGACACGACAGCGACAAUGACGAGGAUAGGAAGCAGCACUAUCACAUUGCACGGCUGCAGUUCAUUCAGCAGACGCGCCAGAGUGUGAAAGACAACCUGGAGAAUGCAAACAUACCGGAUCAAAGGGUUUACAUCGUUUCGAAUGAAACGAUGCUCAGUGUCGUGAAGGAAAAGCAGCCGAAGGUCAUCGACGAGAUUGAGCUGUUGAACGAUUUGAUUUGGGAAGCUCAGACUAGGCGCCUAGGGCGCCGUGAAGACUGUUGUGAAGAACCAGCUGCAGUCUAUAACGGGGAAUUGAGUCAACGGUGGAAUCCGAAGGGAAGCCUCGCAAUUUCCAAAUCUGUCUGA